AUUGAGAGACAGAACGAGAAGGAGAACAGGAUAGAGAGAGCGAGAGACAAAUUGAGACAUAAAUAGAGAGAGAGAGAGAGAGAGAGAGAGAGAGAGAGUGACAGAGGUGACUUUUAGACAAAACAGUGAAGUGCAGGACUACCAAAGGAGAGACAAAGACCACCCCAGGAGAGACAAAGACACUACAGACACAUACAGCCGAGUGAAGCCUGGAGCAGGGCAAGCAGCCCCAGUAGCCCACCACCACCGACAGUACAGCCACCACCAUGCAGGUGUCGUUUGCAUGUUCGGACCAGGACGGAGGAAGAGGAGGGUUGAGGCCCCCGGGGAAUGGAGGGCACAGCAAGCAGAACGCCACCAGCGCCAACACGGCCAGCCAGGCGCGGGCACGCUUCCGUACGGUUGCCCUCAUCGCCCGCAGCCUGGGCUCCUUUACCAACCGCUACCACCACAACCUCAAGGAGUCCACCGCCAAGCUCACUGGCAUGAAGUACCGGAACCUAGGGAAAUCAGGCCUGCGUGUCUCCUGUUUGGGCCUCGGAACUUGGGUAACGUUUGGAGGUCAGAUUUCAGAUGAGGUGGCUGAACAGCUGAUGACCAUCGCCUACGAGAACGGGGUCAAUCUCUUCGACACAGCCGAAGUUUACGCUGGGGGGAAAGCUGAGAUAAUCCUGGGGAACAUCAUCAAGAAAAAGUGCUGGAGGAGAUCGAGUCUGGUGAUCACCACCAAGCUCUACUGGGGAGGAAAAGCGGAGACAGAGAGAGGACUCAACAGAAAGCACAUCAUUGAAGGUCUGAGGAGCUCUCUACAGAGGAUGCAGCUGGAGUAUGUGGAUGUGGUGUUUGCCAACCGGCCCGACAGCAACACCCCCAUGGAGGAGAUCGUGAGGGCGAUGACCCAUGUGAUCAACCAGGGCAUGUCCAUGUACUGGGGGACAUCACGAUGGUCUGCCAUGGAGAUUAUGGAGGCGUACUCGGUGGCCAGGCAGUUUAACCUGAUCCCGCCGGUGUGUGAGCAGGCCGAGUAUCAUUUCUUCCAGAGGGACAAGGUGGAGACACAGCUGCCUGAGCUCUACCACAAAAUAGGUGUGGGUGUGGUAUCCUGGUCACCUCUAGCCUGUGGAAUCAUCACUGGGAAGUAUGAGAAUGGUAUCCCAGAAUGCUCCAGGGCUUCCAUGAAGCCGUAUGCCUGGUUGAAGGAGAAGAUAGUGAGUGAGGACGGGAGGAAACAGCAGGCCAAGCUGAAGGAGCUGACUACAAUAUCUGAGAAGCUGGGCUGCACUCUGCCACAACUAGCCAUCGCCUGGUGCCUGAGGAAUGAAGGAGUGAGCUCAGUGCUUCUGGGAACGUCCAACCCCAUCCAGCUUGCAGAAAACCUGAGGGCCAUGGAGGUCAUUCCAAAGAUGACAGCAGGCAUUGUCACAGAGAUUGACCAUGUCUUGGGAAACCGACCGCACAGUAAGAAGGACUUUCAUCAAGCACAUUAGGAUAGAACCAUUUUACAGAACUGUGAUUGAUAGGCCUAAUCUGGACAUGCUCUCGUCAGUGGCACCUCCAGUGUGUGCCCAACCCUGCUCUUGUGUAUGUGUGUGUGUUCUGCACAGCUCCUCCUCCUGCCUUGUCCGUAUGAAGAUCAAACAGUGCUCAAUAUCGUUAAGUGAGAGCUGUACUUGACAAAGCAUGCAUGCCACAGCUCCGCUACAGUGCAGUACAGUUUAAACAUACCUAACCAACCAUCCUUUAUCAAGAUAUGCUAUAGAUUUGAAGUCAAACUACAAUAAUCUGAUGUGCAAAUUAUUUAUGGUACUCCCAGAGCCAUGUAUAUAGAGAGUUGGGCCAUUGAGGUUUCUGCAUUAUAAUGCAUUUACAUUGCUUAGUAAAAGUCUACACACCUUUGGAAUGUUUUUGCACAAUCUACUCCACAUUUUCAAAGAAAAAAUUAUAUUAAUUUAUGGAAAUGUGUCAAAAAUAAAAAACAAAGAUAUCUUGAUUGCAAAGGUCUUCACACAUCUUGCGGUGGCACAUCUAAAUAUGUUCAGGAGCAAAUAUUUUCAUAAAAAAUCACACCAUUUCUUGAAUGUGGUCCAUCUGUUUGUAAAAGUAGUCUUUCUCUUGAUUUGAGAGCAACUUCCUCUGUCUCUGUAAUGUCAGAGGAUAGUGUAUAGUGAAUUUCAAACAAUGAUUCAUCCUCAGAGCCACCAAUGAGCUUUAAAAGCAUGUCUGCAAUACAUUUUUAGACAGGCAUGGAACAGUGAAGGUUAAAUAUAAUUCCAAGCCACUGAAUAUCCCUCUGAGUAUGGUCAAGUAUGGUAAUUAAUCUCUGGAUGGUGUAUCAUAUCACCCAGACACUGCAAAGAUCUGGCCAUCCUUCCUAAAUGAGCUGUGGGAGAGAAUGGAAACUGCUCAGGGCUAUCACUAUGAGGCUAAAGACGAUUUUAAAACAGCCAGUGUUCAUUGGCUGAGCUGAGAGAAAACUGUGCAUGGAUCAACAACAUCACAUUGACUCCAUAUUACUGGCAAGUAUGACAAAGUAAAAAGAAGGAAGAAGCCUGUGCUAAAAAAUCCAUUCUAAAUCUUCCAUCCAGUUUGCAACAAGGCCAUUAAGUAAUACUGCAAGACAACUUGGCAAAGAAAUUAACUUUUUGGCCUAAAUAAAACAAAUGUGCCUAACACUGGGAUAUAAUUUUAUUUUUCAGUAGGACAAUUAUACGAAUUUUAAGGCCAAAGACACUCACUCCAGAAUGGCUUUCGAAGAGGUGUUCAGUGUUCCUUAGUGGUCCAGUCUCAGUCCUGACUUAGCCUAAAUCUGCUAGAUUUAUUGCUAUACAUCAAUAAUUCCCAACCAAAUUGACUGAGCUUGAGCAAUUUUGACAAAAACAAUGUAUAUAUGUUGCCCUAAAACAUGUACAAAGUAGGUGGAAUCUUAUUCAAAAUGAGUGACAGCUGUAACUGCCACCAAGUAUUAACUCUGGAGUGUGAAGAGCUAUACAAUCAAGAUAUCUUUGUUUCUUAUUUUGGACUAAUUUUAGACAUUGUCUAUACAUGUUCAUUCACUUUGAAAAUGUGGAGUAGAUUGUGUAGAUCAGCAGAAAAAAUAUCAAAUGUAAUCCUGUUUCAGAUUUAAAUUCAAGGCAGCAAAAUGUGAAAACUGUACAAGGGCUGUGUAGUGCAAAAAGUGCAGCCAGAAUAACAGCAAAGUAGCUGCAUUUGCGUUUGUUUAAGCUGUUUUCUAGUGAC